CAUCCAAACUUACAAAAUGUCUGCUGCUGCUAAACUCAAGAACAUUGUUCCUCUCCUUGACCGUGUCUUGGUCCAACGUAUCAAGCCUCAACAAAAAACUGCCUCUGGUAUUUUCAUUCCCGAGAAGGCACAAGAAGCUUUAAACGAAGGUGUUAUUGUUGCUGUUGGUAAGGGUGCUCUCACCAAGGAAGGUAAGCAUAUUCCUCUCCAAGUUGCUGUUGGUGACAAAAUUUUGCUUCCUCCUUAUGGUGGAACUCCUGUUAAGGUUUUGCAAGAGGAAUACCUUUUGUUCCGUGACUCUGAAAUCCUUGCCAAGGUUGUCGAGUAAAAACUUAUUCACGCGCCUCGUUUUUUUUAUCUUUUCUUUACUUCUAUUGUAACAACAUAUUCACACACAAAUACAUACACCCUUCAAAACAAAUUUACAUUUUAAAAAAAUAAAAAGGAAUCUUUUGACUUGUCAAA